AUGGGGUCCUUACCUGUGCAGACGAGUUUUGAUGUGGAAGACGUUCUUUCGCAGCUGAACACGACGGAGAAAGUCGCCCUGCUGUCCGGCAUUGAUUUCUGGCACACUGCUCCCGUACAUCGUCUGGGAGUCCCAUCUAUACGAGUCUCCGACGGGCCCAACGGUGUUCGUGGGACGCGAUUCUUCAACGGCGUGCCCGCUGCCUGCCUUCCUUGUGGGACCGGACUUGCAGCAACAUGGGACACCAAUCUCGUUGGGAAAGGCGGGGCAUUGCAGGGUGCUGAGGCUAUCGCCAAAGGAGCCUCUGUGAUUCUAGGUCCGACGACGAACAUGCAAAGAUCGCCACUGGGCGGUCGUGGGUUUGAGAGCUUCAGCGAAGACCCAUAUCUCGCGGGUGCCAUGAGUGCAGCAACCAUCAACGGUAUUCAAUCGACUGGCGUUGCUGCGACAAUCAAGCACUAUGUCUGCAAUGACCAAGAGGACCAAAGACAAGCCGUCGACAGCAUUUUAACGGAACGAGCACUACGAGAGAUAUACUUAAUGCCCUUCAUGAUCGCGCAGAGAGACUCCAAGCCAGAUUGCUACAUGACUGCGUACAACAAGGUCAAUGGUACACAUGCAAGCGAGAACCCACGAUUGAUCAAGGAUGUUCUUCGUGGUGAAUGGGGCUUUGACGGGCUAACCAUGAGCGACUGGUUUGGGACUUACUCAACCACCGAAGCAAUCAAAGCAGGACUCGACCUUGAAAUGCCUGGUCCUUCCUACAUCCGUGGACAUUUAGUCAAUCAAGCCCUCGGCUGUGGUAAGCUUACUGUGCAUGACCUCGAUGAAAGAGUUCGCGAGAUCCUCAAGCUGGUCAAGAAGGUCCAGCCUCUUGGUAUCCCAGAAAACGCACCAGAAACCACAGUUGACUCCCCUGAGACCUCUGCCCUUCUUCGCUCGCUGUCGUCCAACGGGAUUGUCUUGAUGAAAAAUGACAACAACAUCUUGCCGUUCGCAAAACAGAAAACAACUGCCAUCAUUGGUCCAAAUGCGGCUUAUGCUGCCUACUGCGGUGGUGGUUCGGCUUCACUGUUGCCAUACUAUGCUACCAGCCCUCUUGAUGGAAUCCGGAAACAGGUGCCAGACGCGAAAUAUGCUCUCGGUGCACCCGGCUGGAAAGCACUUCCACUCAUGACGCGGUUGACCAGGACCAAGCAGAAUGAAAAUGGGUUGACCAUGAGAGUCUUCUUGGAACCUCCCUCCGUGACAAACAGGAGGGCAGUUGAUGAAAUUUUUGUGAACAAGUCGGACAUCCUUCUGGUCGAUUACAAACACCCCCUGAUCAAGUCAUCUCUCUAUUGGCUCGAAUUGGACGGCACCUUUACUCCCGAGGAGACGACUGAUUAUGACUUUAGUUUGUGCUGCGCGGGAACGGGCAAAGUCUUCGUGGACGGAGAGUGUGUUGUCGACAACGAGACCCAUCAACGCCCGGGCAACUCUUUCUUUGGCGCUGGCACCGCAGAAGAGAUCGGAACGCUGAAGCUGGAUAAGGGAGCAACCUACGACAUCAAAGUGAGCUUCGGCACGCUUCCAACCAUGACGUUUAGCAGUCCUGGUACGACUGGCUUUGGUGCGGGAGGACUGAGGGUGGGACUUGAGCGCAAAGCCGAGAUUGAGACGGAGAUCGAAAGAGCUGUUCGGCUCGCAAGAGAGGUCGACCAAGUUAUCCUGUGCGCAGGGCUGAACAGUGAGUGGGAAUCAGAAGGCUAUGACCGCGAACACAUGGACCUACCACCAGGUAGUGAUGAUCUAAUCAAGGCCGUUCUCGCGGUCAAUCCCAACACGGCCGUCGUCAUCCAAUCCGGAACGCCCGUCACAAUGCCUUGGCUCAAGGAUGCUCCCGCCGUACUUCAAGCAUGGUACGGUGGUAACGAAACAGGCAAUGCUAUUGCAGACGUCAUCUUCGCCAACACCAACCCCAGCGGCAAGUUGCCCCUGAGUUUCCCCGUCAAGAACGAAGACAACCCGGCUUUUCUGAACUACAAAUCCGAGCGCAACCGAGCCAUCUACGGUGAAGAUGUCUAUGUUGGGUAUCGGUUCUACGAAAAGACCAAGAAGGAAGUCGCCUUCCCUUUCGGCCAUGGUCUCAGUUACACGACCUUCGAGGUCAAGGAUGUAUUUGUCAGCGACGAUGAUGUCGACGUCGUGGUGUCUGCCACAGUAUCAAACACCGGCAAGUUUGACGGUGCGCAGGUCGUCCAAGUCUAUGUCGCGCAGCAGAACCCAAGCAUCAAUAGACCUCACAAGGAAUUGAAAGGUUUCACAAAGGUCUUUGUGAAAGCUGGUCAGAGCGAGAAGGUCGAGAUUGUGAUUUCUAAGAAAUACGCCACAAGUUUUUGGGACGAGGCAAGGGAUGCGUGGGUGAUGGAGAAAGAUGUAUUUGAUGUGCUGGUGGGCGACUCCAGUGCCAAUACGCCGCAUAAGGCCCAGAUUCGAGUGAAGCAGACGGUGUGGUGGAGGGGGUUAUAG